UAUACCAGAAAGCAAUUUGCAGACCGACUUCCGGCGAGUCACUUUACGGUCAAGAACAUGGGGUUCUAUUAUAAAAUGUGUGUCGCUGUUGGGCUUAUUGCCCUGGCCCACGCGGCGUAUUCGGCGGCACAACACAGAACCUACUUGCGGCUUACGGAGAAGGAAUUUACACGUCUGCCUAUUGAUAUCCUAGUGCAGUCCAUCCUUGGUCUUCUGGCCAUUGGCUACGGUGUUGUCAACGUUUCUGGCAGCUUCAGGGAAAUCAAGGCUAGUGCGGAACUGGAGAAUAAAACGUGGGAGAUGUUGUCAAACAGACAAGCGUUCUACGUCUUCAACCAUCGCGGAAAAGCUCUGUUCCAGACAGAAGAAUGAGGCCAUGGAUGUUUGAUGUGUGACAGAUCUGUGAUGGAUGUUUGACGUAUGACAGUGGAAGAAUAUCUGGUGAUUCAACAGAGGGGCAUCAUUCAUACAGUGUUAAUGUUGGAACAUUCACUGUUAAUGAUGACAGUAAUUGUGGCAGACUUCAAUUUCAUUGGAGCAAGGCACACAGUUUGCACUUCCUGUGUAGAGUUACGUCCCUUGGCUGUCAGGAUCCGCUGUUCGUUGGUUCGAAUUUGAUCUGAUUCUGAUCCAAGAACUAUGGGCAUCUUUCCUGUGUGUUCCAUCAAAGGGGCAUUCCACUAUAUUAAGCAGAUAUGCUAUUACAAAGUGAGAUUAAACUCACUCACUCAUGAAACUUGUAAAUUGUGCAUUUAUGUACCCGUAUGAAAAUAGACACAAAACCGAAGUGGAAAACUUUCAUUAAGAAUUGACUUUCACAUUUUUCUAGACUAGUUUCUGAGGGAGUUAUUUUAUAGACUUAUUUCGUUAUUAUAUUGGUAAAUUUGAUAGUUCAUUAUUGUUGUAUGAUUGACAGGUUUGUACUGGGUUCCAUGCUGUAGUUUCAAAAUAUAGGGGGAGCAAAAUAAGAAAUGACCUUAGGUCUUUGUUGACAAAGGUCAUAGAUUGCUGUCUACGAAUCUUUGUUGUGAACGUGAAUAUAUGAGAACGCUGUAGUCGUCAUCUUGAAUAAAUGUCAAUGUCAUGUAGGAAAUACUUGUUUUUAUGGUAACUAUGGUAACUGUGAAUGUCCGUGAAAAACAUGUUCCAUCAGAAAAAAUAUUUUGAAAAGAAUAUUGAUUAUAUGAGCGUGUGACUUGUAAAUAAGUAUGAAUGUUGUUGACUGUUUCCUUUUUGUUGAUAUGUUGUUUAUGUGAUUAAUUUAACAGCUCAUUCUGCUCUACAUUGUAGGAAUAUACUUAAACAAUAUGGCAUUUAGGACCAGUAAUAUUGUUUUUAUAUGACUAUGUUACCAUGGUUACUAUGUCAUCCUUCCAGGUACCCUUUCACACAUGGUCACUUGCCCAAUGAGUCAGCAGUGUAACUGUUUCAUAGUAGGCAGAAUCCAAGCCCUAUAAACUCGAAGAUGUCAAGGUCUGUUUGCCCACCUACUAAACUACUUGCCGUGUAAAUUAUAUCAGUUUAGGCUUUUCAAAAUUUAUUUGUCAUGCAACAUUUGUUAUGUUUUUAAAGCAGUUCGACUCAAUUUCGUUUUUGCACCGGAUUCCAAGUUUUUGCACAAGUCAUGCCAUUCUAAGUGUGUCCAAGUCACAGGGGAUUUAGCUGUGGCCACCAUCGGCCCGUCUCUUCAUGCUUCAGGGGCAUGACCAAAAGAGAUGAGGAAGCAAAAUUUCUUUAUAAUUUUGUAAACUAAUAACGAACUAAAGGUAGAAAGUAAAUUCCUCCCUCCAUACGUAGUUUUAAGUUGACAUGACAUGAGAUUAUGUAUUUAACUCCCUAGACUUUCCUCUCAUUGGUAUCAUAUAAUUGCCUAGUUCCUUGAUGAUCUGUCUUAGCAAGAGCUAGUGCCUAUAACAUGAACAAGUCAUGGAACCCUUUUCUCAGAUUUGAACUAUGUGUAUGGAAGUUGUGAGUGUAUAUUUAGAUUUUAGUCCUCCACCAAAUCCUAGAUUAUGAAUACUGUAUUGUAAAUGGUUUUUUCUACAGUAUCAGUACUUCACAGGUUUUGUUUAUACUAGGUUCCUCCAUCAUUAGUUGUGAUGUGUAGUUAACUAAAUAGGCCUGAAGUUAAAUGAGCUGGUUGUUGUACAAUCCCUUCCAAUACCUGACGCUGAAGCAAUGUCUGGAGCUGAUGUCCGCAUGGCUGAGACACAUGUUUUAAAAGAAAUAUUGCCAUUUUUGCAAGUCUGAGCCCUCGUUUGUCCAAGCACUUGCAGGUUUUCCACUUGCUUCAAACAGACUAUUUCUGGGGGGCUGGGCGGCCAGUCAUCCAAGGCACUGCAAGUCUCUGUGCACAGCUGCGUCCCUCGGGCACACCAGAAAUCUAUGACUGGGUUUGAAUUUUGGUUCGCCCUGAGUUUGUUUCUUGGUUUGUCAGCACCAGACCCAUGGAUUUCACAAAAGUUUCACCUCCAUCGCUUUUGUUUUUCUUCCCACAUAAGCAGACAUGCCAUGAUUAAACUGAAAUACUGUUUCUAAGCGGUGCUGAAUCAAACUCGUUCACUCUCCGAACACGUCUUGAUUCGUUGGUUAAAAGUAGCAACUAGACUGCAAGUGUCUUCACAGCUGAUUGAGGAAUGUGGUGUAUACAUAUGCGUGUGAAGUACUGUCGAUGAAAUGAUGACUGCUGUAGCGUCACCGUCAGUGUUAUUAUUCCAGUGACAUAGCCAGAGUAUGUAACAUUGUGUACGUGUGAACAAUGAUACUGAUCCCGAGGCCAGAGUAUGUAACAUUGUGUACGUGUGAACAAUGAUACUGAUCCCGAGGCCAGAGUAUGUAACAUUGUGUACGUGUGAACAAUGAUACUGAUCCCGAGGUCAGAGUAUGUAACAUUGUGUACGUGUGAACAAUGAUACUGAUCCCGAGGUCAGAGUAUGUAACAUUGUGUACGUGUGAACAAUGAUACUGAUCCCGAGGUCAAGGAUGUAACAUUGUGUACGUGUGAACAAUGAUACUGAUCCCGAGGUCAGAGUAUGUAACAUUGUGUACGUGUGAACAAUGAUACUGAUCCCGAGGUCAGAGUAUGUAACAUUGUGUACGUGUGAACAAUGAUACUGAUCCCAAGGUCAAGGAUGUAUGUGCAUGUAAAACGCCAUCGCUGUAUAGACUAGUGAUUCAUGUUGUAUUUACUUCUCUCUGUGCUGUAUAUGACCCAUGCAGAACUUGAAUAAAGAAACACCUCACAUCCUGAGAUUCCUA